AUGGAGGAUAUUAUUGGGGAGCUUAAUGAGCUCUUCGCAGCUUCCUCUCCCGAUGGACUACCUAAAGACGUCCUCGCAGAGCUUCAGUCCCUUCUGCGAGUCCACUCGAUUGCCCCACAGGAACUAUUUUACAAAUGGGAGUCAUUCUGCUUGAAGAUGGGCUCCGAAGAGACCAAACUAAACCUAGAGACCGUGAGGCUGUUCAAGCGUGACGUGCAGGAAUUACUGGAGCGAGAGACUCGAAGCAAGCCCAGCCGACAAUUACCCACCGCUACCCCGCGCGCAGCAGCAGCAACUGAUGUUUUUGGGAUAUUAGACGGAUUAACCCCAAAUGUGCCCCACGGUCGAACGCCGAACUCAGCCAAGCGGAAAGCGGACUUCGCAUCUCCCUCUACGUCUAAAGUGGGAAAGGUCGAUUCUCCAAUCGGUUCUAAGACUCUGCGAAAGCCUAUGAAUGGGGCUGCUACAGGUGAUGGAGUGCAGUCCGUGCCUUUCUCGGAGCGCCAGAAUCCCGGCCAGACGCUUGAAACCCUCAAUGCCCACCUGUCGAUGCCAGAGACCCCUAUGGCUCCCUUUUCAGAGGCACGGAUACGGCCCACUGCGAACACGGAUCUGAAGAAGUUCGGAUACAAGCCAAUGGCAAUGCGACAGUCUGAAGCAUCCGAGAUCCUAGAUGACCGCAUUGACGAGUUCACGGCCUUGUUCCAGAAGGAAUACGAAACAGAGGACCUCCCCUUCGGCAGUGCAGCGACCCAGAGCACCAGCGAGAUUGUUGCGGUCGGACGGAUUGCGUCAGACACCAUGGAAGGAAAGCUUAACCCAGCCUCUCUUGUACUUGAGACGUCGAGACGAACAGGAGCUGGAGUGCGUGUGCCUCUGAAGGUGGAUACGCUACCGUCGGUGAACUUUUUCCCGGGACAAAUUGUUGCUCUACGGGGUAUUAAUGCGUCCGGGAAUUACUUCUCGGUCAAGGAAGUCCUAUCCACCCCGCUUUUACCGCCCGCUGCAUCAUCUGUGCCCACUAUGGAAGGUAUCAACGAAAGAUUGGAGGAGGCUGGCUCUUCUCCAUUGAACUUAAUAGUCUCCUCGGGGCCAUACACAGCCGACGAUAACUUAGAUUUCGAGCCGCUCAAUGAGAUAUGUCAGAAAGCGGCCGAGAACUAUGCAGACGGACUCGUCCUCAUGGGUCCAUUCUUAGAUAUCGAACAUCCACUGCUAGCAUCGGGAGACUUCGACCUCCCAGAAACCAACGGAUACGAUCCAGACACCGCAACCCUAACAACAGUAUUCCGGCACUGCAUCACAACACCCUUACAGAGAUUAGUCGCGGCAGUACCCAGCAUCACGAUCGUGAUGGUUCCCUCCGUCCGCGACGCCGUGAGCAAGCAUGUCUCCUGGCCGCAGGAGCAGCUCCCCAAAAAGGAACUCGGCUUGCCCAAGCAGGUGCGCAUGGUUUCCAACCCAGUCACGCUGUCUCUCAACGAGACCGUCAUUGGCUUGUGCUCCCACGACGUCCUAUACGAGCUGCGAAGAGAAGAGGCUCUGCACGGCAAACCCAAAGAAGGCAACCUGCUCACCCGGUUGUCCAAGUACCUCGUCGAGCAAAGACACUUCUACCCUGUCUUCCCACCGUCAUCGCGAGACGUUCUUCCCAAGCCCGGCAUAGAUAACGGAUUAGCCACGGGCGCCACCCUGGACGUCAGCUACAUGAAGCUAGGCGAGUGGUGGAACGUCCGACCAGACGUGCUAAUCGUUCCCAGCAUGCUCCCACCGUUCGUCAAAGUAGUAGACAGCGUCCUGGUAAUCAACCCAGGCACGCUCUCCAAACGCCGAGCAGCAGGAACCUACGCGCAAAUGGCCAUCCACCCACGAGAAAUCACCGACGAAGAACGCGAACAAAAACACAUCAGCCACAAACUGUACGAACGGACACGGGUAGACGUCAUCCGCAUCUAA